ACGUAAACCAAAGAGGGGACAGUGUGUGCCGUGUGGUCGCACGAUCUCGAGGCUUAUCUCGAUCGCGGAGUGUUUCGCACCUGUAAACGCGCGAGAGCGUACGAAAUAUCUGUGUACAUUAUAUUCUCUGAGAUUAUUGUGAUUGACAGUUGUUAUUAGUCUGUACGCGCGUAUAAUACUAUAAUUAGUGGCGGAUUCGAAGCUAUAUGUACAUAUAUAAUGACCGAUUGUUUUGUGGCUUUUACCUAGAAUAUAUGCGUUAUUGACUCGAUAAUGAUCGUUGUGGUCGAGUUCCUGAUGGAAGAUUUUUUGGCUACUGUAAUUACAUAGUCCACAGUUUUGGAUACUUAGCUACAUACAUCUAAAAAUCUCAAUUAGCCUGAUCAGCGAUCAAUGACAUUUAAAAAUCUACGGAGACAUAUACGGAGCUACCAACAAUGAAGGCUUCGAAUUUUCGCCCUGCAACUGACAACCUAACCAACGAAAACGUUCCAAGAUGACCCCCUCGUGUUUGUGUUACAGCAUUUCGCUUCAUAUCCGUAUUUUUCGCAUUUAGAUUAAGUUCAAAACAGGGAGUCGAUAGGAAUCUGACCUCAUCAUGUUCUCGCGGACGUUUCUAAGCGUCAGCUAUAGAGUCUCGUCCAAAUCAACGUUUAUUGUACAAAAUGUCACAUGCCACAGAUCUUUACAUGUGGCCUGUCGGAACCUCAGGAGGGACCUUGUCAUAGGUUCACGACAGAGUCUCAAACAUAGGAGUCCUGUACUGACAGCAACGUUUGUUCGGUACAUCGGGGAGUCCUCUACAGCAAAUGCCACUCUAAAGACUGAAAAUGUAGCUGCUAUGAGUACAUCGGAAGGAGCUGCUGUUCAGGCUACAGAUGCAUCACAAGUGGAUAACCUUAUUGCACAAAUUCCUGAGCCUCCCACACCGAUUGUACAGGAAGUCAUUGAAGCCGUGACAGGAGAACCAACUCUCCAAAGUCUAGGCCUUGGAGGCUGGUCACCAGCAGGACUAGUUCAACAAUACUUGGAUUUCUUACACGUAUCUGUUGAUUUACCUUGGUGGGCUACAAUUCUCAUCACUACUAUGUGUGUUAGGACACUAUUGCUUCCAGUAGUCAUAAAAAUCCAGAGAUUCGCAGCAAGAAUGCACAAUAUACAGCCACAAAUACAAUAUUUGCAAAGUCAGUUGUCUGAAGCACGUAAGAUGGGCGAUCGCUUAGAAGCUGCUAGAUUAAGUCAUGAACUCUAUGAAUUCAUGAAGCAGAAAGGAGUAAGUCCUAUAAAAAAUGCUGCUUUGCCAUUAUUGCAGGCACCAGUUUUCUUAUCAUUCUUCUGGGCCCUGAAAGGAAUGGUACAAGCACCAGUUGAAAGCAUGAAAGAAGGCGGUCUAUGGUGGUUUACUGACCUAACAGUUCCAGAUCCUUACUACCUGUUACCUAUUAUUACAAGUAUGACAUUAGCUGCUACUAUUGAAAUGGGUACAGAUGCAGUAAGGGUUCAAUCAUUAGGUCUUAUGAGAUAUGUCAUUCGGGCAUCACCUUAUAUUAUGUUUCCAUUCAUUAUGAAAUUUGAAGGGGCCAUUCUUUGUUAUUGGGUUUCAACAAACAUGUUUUCAUUGGUUCAAGUUAGCAUACUGAGAAUACCCAAAGUUAGGGAAUUCUUCAAAAUACCGGCAACGAUAAAUCACGAUCCGAAAAAAUUGCCGGUUUCAAAGAAGAACUUUGUAGAAGGAUUCAAGGAUUCGUGGACGAACUUGAAAGUAGCGAGAGAACUAAAUGCGCGCGACAUGUAUGACGAAAACAUGUUUGAAAAAGCUGGAAAAGGAGCAGUGCCAAAAACGUUUAAAUAUGACCCAACGAAAAGGCAUCCAGUGACAAAUACCAUUCUUUCAAAGAAAAGGGACUAGUACUAGACUAUUUAAUAUUUUAUUAGAAAUAAUUUUUGAUUGUUAUAUAAAACGAAAUAAAUGUAAUUAUAAAUAUGUUAA